UUUGCUUGGGACUUGGAGCAAACAAGACUUGCCCCUGUAUGUUUGUCUUCUUAUACCGGGAACCCUUCUGUUGCUCAUCCCAGCGGCUUUCCUUACCUAGCCAGCACUCCGUUCCCAGAAGGAGGAGAAGACCUUGCUGAAGCGCUGAUGCCGCAGACUCAAGUUUCGGGGAAAGGAGGUGGCCCUAUGCAAAUGAAAGAGGCCGUUUGAAAAACAAAAGCACCUGACAGGCCUGGGAAGUUAAAUGUAAAGUCGAGAGGAUGGGAUUCCCGCCCAGGAUACAAACCUACCUGUCCUCGCCGCUCUUUCACUGCUCCGGGACGCCCGAGGGAUGCAGCCCAGGGAAAGAGAAGCUACCGCUGGGCGUGGGAAAGCUGGUGCUCGACCCGCGCCUAGCUCUUAGGUCUUCCUGAUACUCGGGUGCCACGGUCGCCUGAAAGUUGCUGGGUUGGGUUUUUUUGUCUAGCUGUUUAAAAACAGAAACCAAGAUCCAGCUGCAACAUUUUCUGCUUCAAUCCAUACCCCUUUUCCAAAAGAGGAAGCCGAAGGGUGCCCCUUCCGGUUCCUCAAGCCAUGCCGCCCCAGGAGCUGUGGGAUUACUCACCCACCUUGCGGAGAAGCAGCAGCUGCCCCAGCAGAGGCAGCGGCUCAGAGCUGGGCAUCAAGUGCGUCCUCAUCGGGGACGGAGCCGUGGGCAAAACCAGCCUGAUCGUCAGCUACACAACAAACGGAUACCCAGACCAGUACCAGCCAACGGCACUGGACACCUUCUCAGUUCAAGUCUUGGUUGAUGGUGCACCAGUUCGUAUCCAGUUGUGGGACACUGCAGGACAGGAAGACUUUGAUUGCCUCCGCUCUCUCUGUUACCCUGACACAGAUGUCUUCCUGGUCUGCUUCAGUGUCGUAAAUCCCACCUCCUUCCAAAAUAUUACAGAAAAAUGGAUUCCAGAAAUAAGAACUCACAAUCCCCAAACACCAGUGGUGCUGGUGGGAACACAGGCUGACCUGCGAGAUGACGUCAAAGUGCUCAUCAGCUUGGACCGCUACCAUGUAAAACCAGUGCCGAGAACACAAGCUGAAGGCCUGGCUGAAAAAAUCCGGGCUCAGACUUAUGUAGAGUGCUCUGCUUUGACUCAAAAGAAUCUGAAGGAGGUUUUCGACACAGCCAUUGUUAGUGCAGUUGAAUACAAGGCCCAGCAGGAAAAGAAAAUGACAGCCAAAGGAAUCAAAACCCUCUCUAAAUGCCGAUGGAAGAAAUUCUUCUGCUUUGUCUGAAACUGACUCCAGUAAGGAACAUCUGUAAGCCAAAGUGGCCUGGAGCCCAAGCUCUUGUUGGAUUAUGGCGAAACUUGCCUGGGCAACAGGAAGUAGAAGUGUACCAUGCUACCUUCAAGCAUCUGGGAUGGUCUGGUGCUUUAUCUACUGAGUCCAGUGUUUAAAGAACCGCCGAGUUAAUUUAUAUAUACAUUCCAGGCAAGAUGACCAGUUUUUACAACUUUUGAAGUCUUUACAGCAUAUUAAUUAAACAAAUCAAUUAAAUCUGGGAGUAGUAGCCCCAACUGGCCUACAGGGCACUACAGCAGGGAAGGUUAAAUGAAACUUGAUUUAAAGCUUGAGUUAUACAUUUGAGAGUUAUAUCUCAUUUUCAAGUCAUAAUAAUGAAUAGAGGGAUUUCUCGGUGGAGAACUAAAACUUCCAUUUCAAUCCUACUUAAAAAGGAAGUGAAAUAAGCCGUCAAGAUAUAACUGAGGACUGUUCCAUGUUUGGGGUGAAGAGUGUUUGGCUGUAUCACACCUUUAAAACAACAAAAUAUUUCCUAA